AUUUUAUUCACACUGUUUCAGUGUCUCUAGUCCUCUCGUCCUCUCACACUUCAUUCUGGCCGGCCCCGUGUCCUGUAAAGGAGAGGAGGACUUCCUCUCUAUUGUGGCGUCUCGUCUCAGCCACAGGAAGCGUGUUAUUGGCGCAGCAGUGGGCGUGGCAAUGGUGCUGGUGUUACUGGUUGCCAUCCCACUAUUAGUUCACAGCACUAAGCUGGGUGGAGUCGGAGGUGGAGUCGGAGGGACACAUUAUGAGAUGCUGGGUAGCUGUAAGAUGGUAUGCAACUCUCUCACGCCCAGAAAUGAACUCACGCCCGUUUCCCCGCCUCCCCAUGACAUCCCCACACGCCGGGCCGGAGGGAAAUCCAGUUUCCGUGGGAUUCCGGGCCUACCAGGACCACCUGGACCACGAGGGCCACCUGGAGAUCCAGGUAAACCGGGUCCUCCGGGUCCACCGGGUCCAGGUCCUGGAGGAUAUGUCCCGUCAUUCUACAGCCCAAAAAUAGCAUUUUACGCCGGUCUGCGCAAACAGCACGAGGGCAGCGAGGUCCUGAAAUUUGACGACGUGGUGACCAACGUGGGAAACUAUUACGAGCCCACAACAGGAAAGUUCACCUGUCCUUUACCAGGGAUCUACUUCUUCACUUACCACGUCCUCAUGAGGGGAGGAGAUGGGACCAGCAUGUGGGCCGACCUCAAGAAGAAUGGACAGGUGCGGGCGAGUGCCAUCGCUCAGGACGCAGAUCAGAAUUACGACUACGCCUCCAACAGUGUGAUCCUGCAUUUAGACGUCGGGGAUGAAGUGUGUGUGCAGCUGGAUGGAGGAAAGGUUCACGGAGGAAACACCAACAAAUACAGCACCUUCAGCGGGUUUCUCAUCUACCCAGAUUAA